AAUUUUAUCUUUUUUCUGUUCUUUUUCCUCCUUCUGAACAGUUUUUUUUACCUCUUUGUUGAUUACCCUACAAGGACACAAUGGUUGCCCUUCCUUUUUCCGUUCUAUUAUUUCUGCAUCUUCUGUUCCUUUGUGGACUGGAUGUGUCGGCCUCCCUCACUAUCUCUCUGUCAGCCCAGGGGAACAGCAGCAGCGGCGGUAUUUCCAGCAGUGUGCCUUCGAAGCGUACCUGCACUGAUCAGGUAGUAUGUAGACCAGGCAUUCUGCUGCCCGUGUGGCUCCCGCAGGACCCAGGGAUGGGUGAGCAAGCAGGACGAGCAGUGCUCUACUUCAGCUGCCUGAUCUACAUGUUUCUUGGGGUGUCGAUCGUCGCAGACCGCUUCAUGGCUGCCAUAGAGGUCAUCACCUCACAGGAAAGAGAAGUUCAAGUGACAAGUUCAAAUGGAGAGGUAACAAUUGCAAAAGUGAGAGUAUGGAACGAGACGGUGUCCAAUCUUACUUUAAUGGCCUUAGGAUCCUCUGCUCCUGAAAUCCUAUUAUCUGUGAUUGAGGUCUGUGGGCACGGCUUUGAAUCAGGGGACCUUGGCCCAGGAACCAUUGUGGGCAGUGCUGCAUUCAAUAUGUUUGUGAUCAUUGGACUGUGUGUGUGGGUCAUCCCCGCCGAGGAGUCACGGAAGAUCAAACACCUACGGGUAUUUUUUGUGACGGCUUUCUGGAGCAUCUUUGCAUACAUAUGGCUGUAUCUCAUCCUUGCAGUCAUAUCCCCAGGCAUUGUUGAGGUGUGGGAGGCUGUAGUCACCUUGCUUUUCUUCCCACUGUGUGUCCUCCUGGCCUGGAUUGCAGAUCGUCGACUUCUCUUCUACAAAUAUCUCCACAAGCGCUACCGUGCUGACAAGCGCCAUGGCAUCAUUGUAGAGACAGAGGGUGGCCUGAAUCCUAAGGCUAUUGAUGUCAUCAUGGAGGGAAAGUUCCAUGAAAUAAAUCCAAGUAAUUCUACAACUAACUCCACAAGUACAAUUAUAUCCGUGGAGAACAGCACAGAGGAGGAACCCAACAAAGAAGAGGUGAUCCGGAUGCUGAAAGACCUACGGCUGAAGCACCCAGACAAAGACCUUGACCAGCUCAUUGAAAUGGCAAACUACUCCACAUUGGUGGCACAGCGCAAAAGUCGGGCUUUCUACCGCGUUCAGGCCACCCGCAUGAUGAUUGGUGCUGGCAAUGUUCUAAAGAAGUAUGCGGCAGCUGGACAGGCUCGCCGAGCUGCUGCCGAAGCCUCACUCGAAGACCCGGACUUUGCCUUCUGUACCUGUAUCACCUUUGAGGAGGCGCAGUACCAGUGCUCCGAGAACUGUGGGACAGUGAGCUUGUGGGUGACGUGUCAGGGAGGCACAAGGAGCAGUGCAUGUCUCGUGGACUACCACACAGAAAAUGGCUCUGCCAAUGCUGGGGCAGACUACCAGUACACACAGGGGACACUUGAGUUCAAACCGGGAGAGACAAGGAAAGAGAUCAAGGUUGGUAUUAUCGAUGAUGAAAUGUUUGAAGAGGAUGAGCAUUUUUUUGUCCGUCUGCACAACUUACGAGAGGGCGAUGGUCCUGCCAGUUGCGAUGGGGCAGAGAACAGUAAGCUCAGGCUGGUAGAGCCUCAGUUGGCGAUGGUGACCAUCUUGGAUGACGAUCAUGCUGGCAUCUUUUCAUUCAUUCAGAAGGAACUCAGGGUAAGCGAAAGUUCUGGCACAGUCGAAGUGACCGUUGUACGGAGUUCGGGAGUAAGGGGCACUGUUGCGGUGCCCUAUCACACAGAGGAUGGCACUGCCCGCCAUGGCAUCGACUACGAUCAGACACAGGGGGAGCUAGAGUUCAUCAAUGAAGUGACCAGUGCAAUACUAAAGGUACGCAUUAUUAAUAUUGAGGAGCAUGAAAAAAGAGAGAAUUUCUACAUCAUCCUCGAAGAGCCAAAAUGGCUGAAAAGAGGAAUUUCAGAUGCACCUAGCCCAGAGGAGGAGGAAGCCAGGCGGAUAGCUGAGAUGGGGAAGCCUGUUCUGGGAGAGCACAGCCGUCUCAAGGUCAUCAUAGAAGAAUCCACUGAGUUGAAGACCACAGUGGAUCAACUGCUGAAGGACACCAACAUGGCUGUAGUGAUCGGAACCCACUCCUGGAAGGAGCAGUUUAUUGAGGCAGUAACUGUUCGUGAUGGCGAAGAGGACGACGAAGGAGAGCAGCAGCGCCCGUCCGGCUGUGACUACUGCAUGCACGUGUUUACAGUGUUCUGGAAGAUUCUCUUUGCCUUUGUGCCCCCUUCCGAGUACUGCAAUGGCUGGGCCUGCUUCGUGGUCUCCAUCUGUAUGAUAGGUCUUCUUACGGCUGUCAUUGGAGACCUUGCCUCUCACUUCGGCUGCACCGUGGGCCUACGGGACACAGUCACUGCUGUGGUGUUUGUGGCCCUAGGCACCUCCAUACCAGAUACCUUUGCUAGUAAAGUGGCUGCUGUACAGGACAAAUAUGCUGACGCGUGUGUGGGAAAUGUAACGGGCAGCAAUGCCGUGAAUGUGUUCCUGGGCAUCGGCGUGGCCUGGUCAGUGGCAGCCAUCUACUGGGAAGUCAAAGGAGAGGUGUUCCGUGUGGAUCCCGGCUCGUUAGCCUUCUCCGUCACCCUCUACACCAUCUUCGCCUUCGUCUGUAUGGCCGUGCUCAUGUUCCGGCGAAAACCGUCUAUCGGAGGAGAACUCGGGGGUUCACGCGUUUCGAGGAUCUGCACGACUCUUCUUUUCUUCGGCCUGUGGCUCCUGUACAUUCUCUUCGCCAGUCUGGAAGCCUACUGCCAUAUCACUGGCUUCUGAGAGAAUGGAAACACACAAGUAC